AUGACAAACUAUGUUCUUGGACAUGGAACAUUCGCAGUCGUACGCGUGUGUGAGGAAAAUGAGACUGGUGUGCAGCGGGCUGUCAAGAUUGUUGCUCGUCGACCACUUCAAAGCGACCAUGACGGCAACGAAAUGGAUGUACGGCCGGGGCGAAUUGCACGAGAUGAGAUUGAAAUAAUGAUGCGUGUGCAGCACCCGAAUGUGAUACGAUUGUGGGAUUUUUAUGAGACAGAUGAGGGAAUGUUCUUGGUCAUGGAUCUUUGUCCCGGAGGAGAAUUGUUUGAUAACAUCGUGAAACGCACAACUUUUAAAGAGUACGACGCCCAGUGCAUCAUGCGGCAGCUCCUGUUGGGUGUCGAAUACUUACACUCUAAUGGAAUCGUCCACCGCGACUUGAAGCCAGAAAACAUUCUCAUGUAUGAUGAAGAUGACAUUUAUAAGGGAAUUGUCAUUUCAGAUUUCGGCCUUGCCAAACUGAUGCCAGAAGAGGGGCUGCUCCUAACCGCAUGUGGCUCUCCGCAAUAUGUGGCACCUGAAGUUCUUCUUGGCCAAGGCUACGACGAAAAUGUCGAUGUUUGGUCGUGUGGUGUGAUUGCAUAUGCAUUACUGUGUGGCUAUACCCCAUUUAAUUCUGAAAGUGUGCAACAUAUGUUUCAGAAUAUUGUUCAGAUUGAGUAUGAAUUUCAUCCGGCCUUUUGGCCAACACAAAGCAUGUUGGCGAAGGACUUUAUUGAUCGAUGUCUGUGCGAAAAAAAUCAGCGCAUGACGGUGCACGAUGCACUGCAACAUCCUUGGAUGACACACUUUCUUCAAUUAAGUCCAGGAAAAGAAGAAAGUCCCAUUCUUAGACGAGUGAGUCCGGCAGAGUAUCACAAUCCCCUCUCGAGAUGCGAAUCUUUGACCAGUCAACUGAACGACUUGGCCGUGUUGCAGAGAUUGCGGAAGCGUUACUUCACAGUUUCGGAUCAUGAAUUAGUAUGCGUUGAAAAAUUUGUCAAACGCUUCAAGGCUCAAUUGGAGAUGAAGAAAGACACUGCCCCAAUUAGAACGUCGUUGAACAGCGGAACAUGGUGCGUUACCACUGAGUCGCUAAAUAAAAAAGAUUGCCAGAAUGCCGAGCGGUCCAAGUCUAUUCCUGUGAAUGAUGGGAACUUUACUCGUCAUUACAUUCGAGAGUCGUCAGACCAGGCUCAGCAAGUUGCUCAUACCACCAAUACAAUCCAAGUAUUGAACAAAUUGCUCGAGCAAUAUCGCACAGCGAAGCUUCCAGCCUAUUCUCGUGUAGAUCCAAAGGCUGAAAUGCGACCACAAGAGGGUAUGUCGAUUUCCAAGGCAAUCAGGACAGUACCCGCUAUCUUGAACAGAAGCUAUUCGAUCGGAAGUGCCAUUGUGUCGCAUCUCAUGUACGGACCCCCUAAAAAAUCAUGGGGAGUAGAAAUGUCAAUUCUAACAAGAAUGAUUCGAGAAAUUGCAGAAGAAAAUACGGAUCUUGCCUCAAUUUCAGGGCUUCAGCAACUGUUUGAGCUGAUGCGCUUUUUUCCUAUUCCCGAUGAUGGUCUUGUUACACCCGUUACAUUCCGCGUCAAGCGACGCAACCUGAAAGGUUUUCUUUCUGGAAGCGACUCUAAAGAGACAGGGAAGCGCGAGCUUACAGGAGAGUGGAUUGUCGGUAAACAGACAUGGCGACGGCUCCAGAAUGAGUGGCAGACCGGCAAUCGAAGGCGCUCUGAACGCGUGAUUUUGUACGUUCACGGUGGUGCCUAUUUUGUGAUGUCUGCUACAACACACCGUCCGCUUACUAUUGCCAUCAGCAAGUACUGUGAGUGCCGUGUGUUUUGUGUAAACUAUCGCCUAGCGCCCGAUACGAUUUUUCCUGGUGCUCUCCUAGAUGUCGCAAAUGCAUACUUCCGUCUAACGGAUGAUUUGCACAUUCCGCCGAAUAAUGUCGUCGUGGCUGCUGAUAGCGCAGGUGGUGGUUUGGCGUUGGCCCUCAUGAUGUAUUUGCGCGACAACCAAUAUCCGCUUCCUUGUGGUGCUAUUUUGAUGAGUCCUUGGGUUGAUCUCACUCUAUCCUGUGACUCAUGGGAAACGAAUAAAGACUUUGACUAUCUGCCCCGUCCAGGGCGAGGUAAUCACAUGAAUCCUAUCAAUGCAUAUCUCGGCCCAAACAUCGACAUGUACUUGAUGCAUCCUUAUGUGAGCCCGCUGUUUGGAGAGAUGAAUGGUUUGCCACCUAUGUUGAUCCAGACAGGUGAUGCGGAGAGAUUGCGUGACGAAAAUGUUCUUUUUGCUCAUAAAUGUGCCCUUGCCGGAGUUCCCAUUCGCAAUGAAAUAUAUGAAGACUGUGUUCAUGUCUUUCAGUUCUUCCUGUUUCUUGAAGCGAGUCGAAAGGCUUUCCAGAGUAUGCGACAUUUCAUGCGAACUGUCCUGGAUAAACGGCCGAAGCGACAAGCUUCUGUAGUGGAAGAAGAUACGCGUGAACAGCUAGAUCAGGAAAUGACUGGCGCCGGAGCAGAGCAAUUAAUUGUCCCGGGCUCGCCACAAGCUUCACAGCGCCCGGCUGAGGAUUGUGAGCCGGACGGAUCGCAUCACCAAACACUAGAAGGCCUUGGCCCGGAGGGCGACGAAGACACCGAGACCUGGGAACUGGAUGGUGAGGAAGAUGCCCAAGCUAAAGAUCAGCUUCACAGUAAUCCGUGA